CGAGCUGACGAGAGCAACCAUGCUUUUACUCCGGGUCCUUCCUCCUCUCUUGGUCGCACCCUCCUUCUGCCAUGCGCUCCUCGCCCGCCCCUUCGUCGCGUAUCCCAAGCACCCGCAUGUUGUGUCAUCCACCCCACAUCAUCGCCCUAUCGCGCCGCAUCGGCCCAACAUGAACAUGAACCAACCUGCAGAGGUGCCCGAGAAGCUGAGACAAGCAAACCUGAAAGCACACAUUGAGGUCUGGGACAGCAGGCGAGACAUGACGAGAGCCACACUCUCCGCUGCAAAGGCUCUGCGAGGGGCUCGGGAAUCGAUAGCGGGGGAGGAUGUCGCGACUGACAGCUUGGUGGAGGAUGGCAAGGGCUCGCUGGUGAUUUCCGCCAUUGCACUAGCGGUUGCAGCAGCAACGCUAAGGUUAGGGGGCCGGGCUGCGCUUGUUUCGGCUCUCGGGCUGGACUUUGGAGAAGACACCGGCAUCAAGGAGAAUGUGGAGUCUUUCCUAGCGUUUUUCGACGGCCUGGGGCCAGUACGCUACGCUUACUUCCUUGGAGGCUGGGUCGUCGCCAAGACGUUUUGCGUGGACUUCCUGUCGAUCGUACUGGCUUUGGGGUCGGGGGUGGUGUUCGGGGGGGUGUUGCAGGGCGCGCUGGUGUCGACGGCGUGCGCGACGAUUGCGUCCGGUCUGGGCUUCCAGCUCGCACGCACCACGCUUCGCACGCAGGUCGAAGAGCAGCUGGAAAAGCGACCGGCACUGCGAGCUUUGGAGAAGGUGGUGUCCGAGGAAGGCUUCAAGACCGUUGUAACGCUCAGGCUAGCACCGGUGCUGCCCAUCCCGCUGGGGGCAUACAAUUACGUCUACGGGACGACGUCGCUGCCGCUGCCCGUGUUCCUUUCGGGCAUGGCCGUCGGGUCCCUCAAGCCGUACCUCCUCGACAGCUAUCUAGGUGUUUUCGGCAAGCAGAUGGUGGAUGGAGAAGCCGGCGUUGGAGGUGAUCUGGCGCUAGUCGGCACAUUCUUCGUCGUCGUCCUCGUGGGGACCUUCGCUAGUCAGGUAGCCAGCCGCACUUGGGAAGAACUCAACGCAGAGGCCGAAAAGUCGAUGCCGACAGCAGCCGAGACGAAUACCCCCCCCGGUGGGGUUCCAUCAGCAUCUCAGGAAGGUGGUGGCGGCGGUGACGGUUUGGAAUGGCUAGAUCUCUGGGGCAUCGAACGCUCGUCCUUGCCUGAUUGGUUCACCACGUGGAAGGCCAAAGACAACGCCGUCCGAAGCAAGAUCCGAGGCGUUGUGAAGCAAGAGCGGGAAUAUAUGGAAGGCAGAGAGGCGGCUGAAGGGGAAGGGGUAGACGGGGCAGAGUUACCCCCGAAGGAGUCGGGAUUACCCCCGCCGGGCCCCCCUUUGCUCGACGAAAGCGGGCGAUUUUUCGACCUGGGUGCCUAUGUGUCGGAGAGCACGGUGUUCCCGUUUGUGCUGAUAGAGUCGUUUUGGGAGUACAGCAACCCGAAGCUGGCGAGAGGCGAGGAGGGGGUGGUGGCAAAGUAG